AGGUGCAUUUGGAGUUGGAGUCUUCAGUCCUUUUGUAGGUGCUGCUGAUGCUGUUGCUGAUGGAGAGACUGAUGUGAAAAUUCAGUGAGCAUCAUAGACUCACUUCAGCUGAAUCUGUUCAUCUAUCACUUUCUCACUCCUAUGUGGAUAACGCGCAGGAGUUCAUAUCCAGGCGGAUUUACUGUUUUCGGCUGAACCAGUUUCACAACGCGGACUUUUAGAUGAUGGCUGAUUUUAGAGCGAGGAACAUUUGAAGGUGGCACACCUGACCAGAGCUCUUGGGUUUAAGUCACCAUGGCAGCUGGAGUUGCGGCAUGGCUUCCCUUUGCCCGAGCAGCUGCCAUUGGCUGGAUGCCAGUGGCAAACUGCCCUAUGCCUCUGGCACCCAGGGAUCACAGCAAGAGGCAAGAUGAGCUUAUCGUACUGAAUGUCAGCGGGCGCCGUUUUCAAACCUGGAGAACGACACUGGACCGCUACCCGGACACGCUUCUUGGCAGUACAGAGAAAGAGUUUUUUUAUAAUGAAGAGACUAAGGAGUACUUCUUUGACAGGGACCCGGACGCCUUUCGAAGCGUCCUUAACUUUUACCGCACUGGGAAGCUGCACUAUCCUCGAUAUGAGUGCAUCUCAGCCUACGACGAGGAACUGGCUUUCUUUGGCAUCAUUCCUGAGAUCAUCGGCGACUGCUGCUACGAAGAAUACAAGGAUCGUAAGCGGGAAAACGCAGAGAGACUCAUGGACGACCAAGAGGAGAACAAAGAUGUCAAACUGCCCAACAUGAACUUUCGUGAGACCAUGUGGCGAGCCUUCGAAAACCCUCACACUAGCACCAUGGCCUUGGUGUUCUACUACGUGACCGGGUUCUUCAUCGCGAUCUCGGUCAUAACCAAUGUAGUGGAGACGGUCCCAUGCGGUUCCAUGCCCAACCAAAAAGACGUACCGUGCGGCGAACGUUACACCGUGGCAUUUUUCUGCAUGGACACAGCCUGUGUAAUGAUCUUCACCGUGGAGUACCUCAUGCGCCUCUUCGCGGCACCCAGUCGCUACCGCUUCAUGCGAAGCGUGAUGAGCAUCAUUGACGUGGUGGCCAUCUUGCCCUACUACAUCGGCCUGGUAAUGACCAACAACGAAGACGUGAGCGGAGCGUUCGUCACCCUGCGAGUCUUUCGGGUCUUUCGCAUCUUCAAGUUUUCGCGUCACUCUCAGGGGCUGAGGAUUCUGGGAUACACGCUAAAGAGCUGUGCCUCUGAGCUUGGCUUUCUUCUCUUCUCACUAACCAUGGCCAUCAUCAUCUUCGCCACGGUCAUGUUUUAUGCAGAAAAGGGAUCCAGCUCCAGCAAAUUCACUAGCAUUCCAGCCUCCUUCUGGUAUACCAUUGUCACCAUGACUACACUUGGUUACGGAGACAUGGUGCCCAAGACGAUUGCGGGGAAGAUUUUCGGUUCCAUCUGCUCGCUGAGCGGGGUGCUGGUAAUAGCCCUUCCUGUGCCCGUCAUCGUGUCCAACUUUAGCCGAAUCUACCAUCAGAACCAGAGGGCAGAUAAGCGUCGUGCUCAGAAGGUACAGAAAGCCCGUUUGGCCCGGAUAAGAAUAGCUAAGAUGGGCAGCUCCAACGCCUACCUGCAGAGCAAACGCAACGGACUUAUCAACCAGCUGUUGGAUCUGACGGGAUCAGAAGGAGAGGAACUGCAUCGGAAUAAAACAUCAUCUCUACUGGAGAGUCAACACCACCACCUAUUGCACUGCUUAGAAAAGACAACUACGUCAUGCGGACGGAGGUCCCUAGUAUACUUUCGGCUUAAGGGGGCUAAUGGGGCCCAUGAGUUUGUAGACGAGCAGAUGUAUGACCAGAACUGUACAGAGAACACUCUACAGAGUUUCCCAUCCCGCAGCCCCUCUCUAUCCAGUCAUGGGGGUUUUAUCGGCACGUGUUGCUCUCGACGCUCCAGGAAGAAUAUCCCUCUUCCAAACUCCAGCAUGUCCACCACACACACUCAUAUGCACUCGCAAGGCCUGCAGGAGCUAAGUGCUUUUGACAUUCAGUGUCUGGAUCAUUCCGGCCACAGUAUAAGACGUUCCAGCCUCAACCUGAACCCAAAUGAGAUGAGUCGACUGAACAACCGAGGUCAGCAGAUCACCACAGCCAUCAUCAGCCUCCCCUCACCGUCCUCUGAUGGGUACGGACACGGACCAUCCAACCUUCCUGCCACCAUCAGCACCACCGCCAGUUCCAACAUUGUCAAAGUGUCCGCCCUGUGACCCCUCCAACCGGGGAUGGACUUUAGCAUGUUAGCGUGUGGCAGAACUGUUACGACAGAGGGCUCUGACACAAACAGAUUCGUAGGAACAUCGUAGGGUAAAACCGUAGAUGGGGGGUUGGCAGAUGCAAAGAGACCAGUGCAGUUACAAAAGUUACUUCAUCAUGAGCCAAAAAGAGAACUGAUGUGUCUCUUUGUUCGGUAAUUCACUUCUAAGAGGUGACGGCAGUGUACACACCGAAAUGUUAGCGCAGAGAUUACGUGAAGAAUAGUGUGGUGUAAAGGUAUAACGAUUGAAAGUGAUGUUGUGUUAAAACAUUUCAUUUCCAAACAUUUGGUUGUUCGUCAGUCUUUACGUUAGGCAAACAGCAUAUGCGACAAUCAAAGUGAUUUGAUAUUGUGUGAUAUUCACAAAGUUCCUGUGGAAAUCUGUGUUUGUGAGAUGUCUGAAUAUGGCUGUGUUCCAAAUGGGUUGUCUAUGUAGGUUUUUAAGACAUCAUAGAUGCAGACAAAAACACAGUUUCCAAAGGCAACAUCGCAUGUAUCCUUCGCAGAGAAGGCAUCCCAUAAUGCAUUGUGAUGAGCUCUGUAAAAUUACGUUGGAAAAAAGUUUAUUAUUUAUAAUCUGGGCAAGUAUCAGGAAAGACUUUUGUGUAAUUAAGAAAAUGUUUGUUUUACCUUCUGUUUGUGUGUUUUAUGCAUGAUUAUUACCAUAAGACCAUCCUAUCAUUAGCUUAGCAACAUGCUAAUGCCAAACGUUGAAAUCAGUUUUGUAUUGUGUAUUGUUUCUCGUGUCUAUGUAGAACAUUCGAAAUAAGUCACUUUUCAGGUUCCCUAACAGUAAGGAUGCUACGUAGUGUACAGGAAGAAAACUCACUAGGUUUGGAACAAGGCCUUGUCUGAAAAUGUCUGGAGGAGAUUUUGUGUAUCACAUUCAACCAAAUGAACUCUGUAGAGAUAUUUACAACUUUAUUUGUUCAGCAACAUCAGCAAUUUUGUUCUUUGUAGAUCUUGUGUUCCAUUUGAAUGCUCUUUCUUUACUCUACAUUUCUUUCAUUUAUUUCCCUUUUAGAUUCCUUUUCCUUGCUCUGUCUCUAUUGCGAAUGGAAAAACUGUGGUUGAAAUUGCUAAUUUUCUUUUCCUCCCAUUUCCUUAGCAAAGGCUCCUAAUAGUUUUUUUCUCUGUUUAGUAUGUUGAUGUUGCAAUUUUAACAAGCUUAUUUGAACAGUAAUACAAUAUACCGCAACAGCACCUUAUUAGAGAUUGAGAUAUGACAUCAUUGGCUUCUUCAUUGUUAAAUUUGUUUUUGCCAGCUCAUUGUGUCUAUGUUCAAUUAUUUCUAUUGUACAGGAGAAGAUUCUGACAAAUGACUGGUUAAUAGGGAGAUCUAUAGGGUGACCACCCGUCCCGCGUAGCGCAAAACGCACAGCGUUUGAAGCCCAAUUCAUGCGUCCCGCAAAUUGAGACCGUGUCACGCAUAAUCAAUGCUUGCUCAAAAAAAGUUGGUCGCUCUAUAUCCUUCAGCCCCACGCAGCCAAACGGACAUUACUAGACAGUUCAGGCUCGCUCGCCACUCGCUACUCACACGCUACUGUUGCCCCUCAGCUGAACUGCUGACAGGUUGUUGUCAACUUUUCGUUGUUGUCAUGACAGCGCAGUCCGCACGCAGGCACGCACGUGCAUCCCUUUUAGAUGCGCGCUUUCCAAUUCGAAAAAUGGAGAAAGAGACUGAGUCUGACUCAUCAUCAAUUAAAAAUGGAAGGUGUGGGUACAAGAAAGACUGGGAAAAUAAAUAUUUGUGGCUGAAAGUCCUAAAGAUGUUUCCAAAACCCUGAACAGUUUUUUUUCCUGCGCCUGCCUUUACUAACAUGCAAGUUCACCAUCCUUCCUCCCUCUUCUCGUUCCGUGAACCUCUGGAGUUGUGAGUUAAGACUUUUUUUUAACGGUUUCUGUGUUGUUGAGCAACUUCAAUUCCUGUUAAUUCUAUAAUUUUAUAUUAUAAUGUAUUUAAAGUUAAUAAAUUAUAAUGAAAAAUAAAUUAAAUAGCUAAAGUAAAUCGUAAGUGAAAGUGCAUCUGUCAAUCAUUGAAUGUUCAAAAUAUUAUGAAUUUUUAUUUUAAAAAAAUACACAUUGGUUGGCCUAUUCAUGCGCAUACAUCAUGUUUAGGGGAAUAGGGCAUUAUUAAUAUGCCAUGUACACUGCAAAAAAAAUGAUUUUCAAGAAAAAAAUGUCUUUGUAUUUUUGUCUUGUUUUCAAUAA